CUCUCUGUGGCUCCUGGGAGACAGUAGGUAGAAGCUUUUUUCCUGUGACAGUAACUAGCUCUCCAUGGUGAGUUUGUGCCCAUUUGCUCUUAUGCCAGCACCAUCACCAUCCUUUAACUUCAGUUAUUCUUCUUUCCUCUCUGAUAUUUAGUCUCAAUUAUAUUAUAGAUUGCGGUAAGCUCUUUCUCUCUCAGCUUUGGUUACACUAGGCAGACUGAGUUCUUUUUCUAUGAGUAAGACAGGUUACCAUGAUCUGGAUCAUGACUCUUUCCAGUACUUUACCAGCUUUUACUCUUAAACAGAGAAAAUGUGCUUUUUGCUGUCACUUCCGAACUGGUUCUCACUACAGCUUUGCUCAGUGUCAUCACUGCCUGCACUCUAAAUAUCUCUCCCACUGCAUUUAGGAGCACGUAAAAAUUUGCAGGAGUUCAUCCCAUUAGUACUGACAAUUGCAGUCUCGUCUGUUCAACUGAUCCACUCAGAACUUCUCUCCCUUGACAUUUAGAAGCUUUGCCUCAGCAGACUCAUUAGUUUUCCCUGAUGUGCAUCAUCUUGCACUGUGUUCUUUUGUUGCAUCUCCUUUCUGUUCCUCCAGCUCUCAAGGUCACCUGGCACUGGCUGUACAUUUUGAUCUCUUCCCACAUUACGAAUGAUUUCCUUAGCUUGUUCCCAGUUCUGUGCCAAGAUCACAAAAGACAGUUACAAGGCUACCCUUCAAAAAGCCCUCCUUUUCAUGGUGCUGUUGGAUUGAGCAUUCUUGCUGCUGCUUGAUUCUUUCCCUGCAUUUCUGAAGACAAUAGUAACUCCAGGAUAACAGGCAGGGCUUGGGACAGGUUGGAGGCAGUGACACUGCAGCAGCUUCAGUUGCCUCUGUUUAAAAAACACGAGAGUGACCUCUUGCAUAAUGUGGAUCCAUAGGUUUCCUGCAGUGAGCAUGUGUAUGUAUGGCCAAGAAUAGAUUUCUCCAAAAUCUUUUGGUUUACACCUGACCUGUGGUCAAGAAUCCCUCACAGCCCUUGGUAAGUCAGUGUAUUGCUCAACUCCUGUCACAGUUAAUGAUCUGCACUUUGAGUCCUGUCUGUGCUGGCUUUCAGGUGCUGGGUCUAGAGGGGCUUUCAGGUAGUCGUGCUGAGCACUACAGCAAGUAGGAAAAACUCAGACACCUCAGUUAUAGUUCACAGUAGCCAUCACGUUGGAAGAUACUUGUGCCAGCUGAUAGAAAACACCAAAAUUUGUAAUAUUCUCUGAAUUUAGGACGUUGAGUCAGCCUGGGCUGGCUGGCAUCUGGGUGUUUCUCUCUGCUACCUCUUCUCUGAACAGCAGAAAAGGCAGAAAAAGCAUUUAGACCUUCAGGAGCCCUGAGACGCAUUUCCAAAAAUAAGGUUGGGUAUAGGCUCUCCUUGCCACUGUUUUACAUGGUUCUGCUGCCCCAUAUAUCCCAGGGGACUGACUUUACAGCUGCUGAGCUUGCAUGAGCCUGCUCUGCAUCAUCUUGUCAUGCACAAGGAAGCUUCUCCCUAUUUUCUUUUUAAAACCUGGAAGUUAGAGCACCGUUUGGUUCUGGAGCCUAGAAUCUGAGAGAUAAUGUUUCAGUUCUCUCCUCUGCUUUGGGGAUUUCUGAUCCCCCAUCCCAGUAUCGCCCUGACAACUCAGCCCUAAAGGAAGCCUGGCUCUGCCAUCUUCGUUGCACUACGGAAGCUGAGUCCUCUACACACAGAAAAGAACAAGAGUCGUGGGCUUGAAAGGGAGAUUCAUAUCCAUCUCAAAAGGAUCCUGUCUGGUUUGGCAGUCACUGCCCGGAGUCAUGGAAGAGCACCUGGGUCCUCCAGCCUGUGAAUUCACCUUUCCCCUGAGACGUAUCUGCGUUUCAGAAACAGAUGGACCUGAAAAUGAAGAGCUGAGUGAGGCUUCAGAGAACGAUGUAGCCCAGGUGCAGCAUAGAGAAAAGAUGGGAGGAAGCUCCCCACAGUGGCUGAGGCAAUCUCACCAUUUGGGACGGUGCUGGAAAGAGAAUAGUUCUCAGGACACAGACAGGCUUGACCAAAAGAUGGAAGAGGACAAGCAAGCAGCCACAUCCCAAGAGUCUGAGGCACCUGUGGAGCUGCAGCCACGCAGGCCAUUCCGGAGGAAGCACCGACUGUAUUUGAAGCCCAAGACUAGCCAGUCUGCUGCGUCCCCAGGCCAGGGACAGGGGGAGAGAACUGAAGAGCCUGGUCCCUCUCGCGGGAAAAGGCUACGGUUCAUCUGGGGCCAAGCCAGUGACUUCUGCCGGAAGAAGAGCCUUUCAGAGAAUGGACUGGAGGAGGUGCCCCUCAUGCCCCAGAGCAGUGAGGAAGAGGAGGAAGAAAAAGGCUCUCGGUCCUGUUCCCCUGAGCCACCUGUUUCUGGGGAUGCCCGUCCCAAGCCAGAUUUUGUGCAGCUGAUUGAUGAACAUGGCAUCUACUCCACAGCCAAGCUAGUGCUGGGUGGCACAGCAGGUGAGCUGGAGGAGGCAGUGGUGUUGCCCUCACAUUUAAAGCGGGGAGCAAGCAUGGCUGGGAGUGGGGCAGAGUUUGAGAUCCGCGAGGUGAUUGUGGAUGAGAAGCCAUUCCAGUGUGGCGUGUGUGAAAAGGCCUUCAAGCGGGCGUGGGAGCUCUUCAGCCACGAGGUGGUGCACAACGAGGAGCGCCCUUUCCGCUGUGACCUCUGCGAGGCCUCCUUCAAGCGCCACUCAGACUUCAAGAGUCACCGCCUGGUGCACACAGAGGAACGGCCCUUCCGCUGUGAACUGUGUGGCAAGCGCUUCAAGCGCUCUUCCAACCUCCAGGAGCAUCGCCGCAUCCAUACUGGCGAACGCCCCUUUCACUGUGCCUGCUGUGACAAAAGCUUCAAAACACCCUACGAGCUGCAGCGCCACACACUCACACACUGCACCGAGAAGCCCUUCAAGUGUGCAGACUGCGGGAAGGACUUCCCCACGUCCAAUGCACUGCUUCUGCACCAACGGCAGCACUGUGAUGACAAGCCUCAUGCCUGUGGUGUCUGCGGCAAAAAGUUCACCUAUGGGCACAGCCUCAAGGUGCAUGAGCGUGUGCACACAGGUGACCGCCCCUUCGUCUGUCCGCUUUGUGGCAAAGGUUUCAAGCAGUCCAAUGCCCUCUCCUCACAUGAACGUGUGCACACAGGUGAGCGCCCCUUUGUCUGCAAAACCUGUGGGAAGGCCUUCAAGCAGUCAUCCUACUUGGUGAUCCACGAGCGGGCGCACACUGGGGAGCGCCCCUACAAAUGUGAAGCCUGUGGUAAGGCCUUCGCCCGUCCCUCAUUGCUGCUGCAGCACCACCGGGUGCACAGCCAGGAGCGGCCCUACAAAUGCAGCUUCUGCCACAAGUUCUUCAAAGACUUGGCCUACCUGGCUGUUCAUGAGAAGGUGCACACGGGUGAGACCCCCUACAAGUGCAGUGUGUGCGACAAAGGCUUUGCGCAUCCUUCCAACCUGCUGCAGCACCAGCGUGUGCACCGUGAUGGUUGAAACCUGAAGCUGUGUGCACAACUUGGGUGUUUCAAGGCAAAGGAGCCCACAGGCAUAAGCAAGUGUGCUACAAGCAUGUGUGCUGCAACAGAUAAGCCCCAGGCAUGCACAUUGCAGCACAUGUUCCCGUAUGUGUGCAAACCACAUGCAGGGGACCAUCAGUUUCCCUAGAGAAGGCUUGUCCAGAGCCCAAAAAGCAUGUGGUGCUGCAGCUCUUUUCUUGAGCCACAUCCUGGCAGGGCCUCUGUUGCAUGGCUUCUCUCUGCCAAACCCUGACCUGUGCUGCUUCCCCUCCUCCCUCACUGAGGGAUGAUCCCACUGAGUCUUUUGAUUGGGGUUGGUGCACACUCGUUCUCACAGCCUGGUCUAGCUGCAGGGAGGCAGUAAGCUGGGAGGGGUGUUGCUGGCUGCAGGGCAGUCAUUGAGAGCAAGCUGUAGCUCCUUGCCAUCCUGGUACACUGCUAAUGUCAGGGGCAGGCAAAGGUCUAGCCGUAAGGCCAGAGCAGCCUGUAGAGGCAAGCCGAGCUGAUUGAGAACUAUAGUGUCGUUGGGAGGUAGGAUCAGAACCUCUGAAGAGCGGAGCAGCAUUAGUUGGACCGUGGCAAGCCAUGUGUCUUUCCCUCUGAUGCUAAGGGAGUGCUGUUCAAUCUCACACUCUUUUCUUUGCCCCUGGCAUGUAGGUGUUGCAGGAGGUCAGGCUCUAGGGAUUCCAGUGAGUAUGGUCUGCCUGAGGCCCAGAGGGACUCCAUCAGCAUUUCUGUCUUGUGCUCUGGGGCAGCACUGCUGCCUCCUUGAGCACAGAGUACAGACUGAGAGCUCCUGGGGAGCAUUCUGCCCCUCAAAGUGAGGGGAUGUGCUCUCGGCUGUGGUUAAGCCCCGGCAACAGGAGGACUGGUCCAUGUUUGGGGGUAAAGUGCUUGUAUUGUGGGUAGAGAAUAAGAUGCCAGGGAGCAGCACCUCCAUUUUCCUCUCAAGUGUUUGGGCUGAGGAUUAACAUCCCACCAUAUGUCACACUGCUACUUCUGAUCAAGUUAAUUACAGCAAUGUCCUUGACACUGCUGUGCACGGGUCAUGAAGGCUUUUUGCCUAUUAGGCAGCCUGGUCCUCUGGGACAGAGAGCAAAGGCAUGGUUAUGUUGGCUGCAAAAUGUAUGUUCUGAUUAAAAUUUGGCUUACAGGCAUGAGAGAAGGGUUGGGUGUGGAAGUGUAGCCUUGGGAAAGGUGCCAAGUCUUACCAGGGUGGUGCAAGGCCUGAACAGGAUUCAUGCAGCUAAUCUAGUGGUGUCUUUAGCUCCAGUGCAGCUCACUCUCAGCUCAGCUCUCCCAGCCCCUGCCUUGAGGAAAGGGCCUGUCAUCUGUGAGAGUGACAGAGCACUGGAACAGGUUGUCCAGAGAGGUUAUGGAGUCUCCUCUGGAGAUAUUCAAAACCCACCUGUCUGAUGUGCUGUAGAUGACCCUGCUUGAGCAGGGGCAUUGGACUAGAUGAUCUCCAGAGGUCCCUUCCAUCCUCAACCAAUCUUGACAGCUACUGCCCAACCUGGCUGCUAUGCUGUGCCAUACCAUGCUGUGUGCGGGCCCUGGCACAGCCCAAAUGGAAGCUGUGGCUCUUUGUGUGUGGAUGCAGGGCUGCAGUGUGUCAGCAGGCUACGAGUCCUGUGUACUGUGUUGGUUUGAAGCACUAACCCUCUUUUCUGCUCCAGGGUGCUGCUCAGGCUGGUAGGGAGCAGAAGAGGGGGGCAUGCACUGCUGUGGUCUGCUUUGGGAGCCUCGGCAAGAGAAGCCCAGGGUUGUAAGGUGUUCUAUAGCUGCUCAUGGGACAUUCCUGCCUAGAUGAGGCAGAAACCUGGGCAAGGUAUGAGUGAGCAGACACAAUCAGCUCUGGAUUUUUCUCCUUUCUAUGUGUUAUGUGCCCAGCUCUCUUUCCAGAGGGCUGGAGUAGCCAAUGUCAGCAUCAGGCCUAGCCACCUGCACUGUUGCUGCUGAAGUCUGGAUUUGUUUUCCUGGACUGAUAGCUGCUCCUGCUGCCUCCACCUGCUGCUGUUGGGUGGAGGAUGACAUGUGGACCUUUUCCAGCGAAGGCAAGACCUGGGCCUACCCUUGGGCCCUGCUGGGCACCAGCAGAACCCUGUCCUCAUGCACACAGAUGCCCUGUGUCUGAGCCAUCCUGAAGGGGCCUGGUGUCGCCCUAACCUUCCUGCACACCAGAGCUGUGGGACUGAAGGUGCUUACCCUUGGACUCUUGGUCCUACUCUGUCUCCCUCUUCUACAGUUCCAGUAGCACUGAGGGUGGAAGGGGAUGCAACGUCGUGCUCCUCAGUGAUCUGCACACUAAUUACAGGACAGUUAUUUAAUGAUGUCUUUGCCUUGUCACUACUUUGAACCCAGUGCUGUGUCUGGCUGAAUACUUCCUUACUCCUGGGCUGUCAGCAUGAAGGGAUGCUACUAAUUGCUGAGGUGCCAUGUGAAUGGGCACUACAGUCCAGCCCUGGCCUGUUUGCUUGAUCAGCUGAAUGGUGCAUCAUGCUUGUGUGGGAGGUUGGAGCAGCUUCUCCUUGGUGUCUACUUGGGGGCACUGUUCCUUAACCAGGUUCUUUUCCAAUGUAGCUUUGCCAGCUAGGAGCUGGUUGGAAGCUCAGCAGGCAACCAGGAAUAUGCUGAAUGGUUGUGGGUGGGCUGGGCAGGCCACACUAUUACCUUGCCAGCCUUCAGUCUUGUUGGCUUGCAACCAUGGGCUGUUGUUCUUGUGCUACGGUCCCUGCUGCAAUCCCCUAUGCCUACUUCCCACACAUGUAGUGCCUUUCUGAUAUGUACAGGAGGCACUGGCAUGUGACCAGACCAUGAGAUGCAGCAGCCAUGGGUACACAGGCUGUAAACACAGUUGGCAUGUUUCAUUUUCCAGGUUUUUAUCUGGCCCAGGAGCAGGUAAAGCUGUUUGCAGCACGGCCUGGCAUAUGUCAAUUCACAGUCCUUGCUACCACUGUGCAACUAGUGUCUGAUGCAUGUUGAACUUGAGCUGUCCUGGCAAAUAUGAUAAGGAGAGACCAAAUCUUAGGUGUGCAACAGAUUUCACUAGUCAGAGCCGAGCUGGUAUCUUAUGCUCAUUCAGUGCAGUGAUGGAGUGACUCUUUUCUUCCCUGAUGCAAGAAUUACCAGCAAACUCUGUUUUGGAUUUACCCUUGCAGAUCUCUUGGGAGGAGGGUUUGUUGUAAAGCUGACCUUGCCCCAGAGACUCCCAUGUUUCUCGCAUUUCAGCACUUAAGACAGCAGUGGGGCAGUUCUGGCUUCUUCCUAGUGCUGCUACCAGAUGCAGGCUUCCCAGCGAAGUCAUGAGUUUGCCCAUGUGGUUUGAUUUCUCUCAGCAUUGUCUCUGAAACACUUGUAUGAUGGGAGCCUAACCCUGGAAUGUGCUUUGUUGCCCAGCUUGUGCUGGGCAUAUGCACAUCUUCAUUUUCUAUCUUAGAUACUGAAGCCUGAGGGCCUCUGGGGAAAGGGAGAGGAGAGACCAACUUCGCCAGGAGAAAUGUGAAGGACUGUCCUUUAUGGGUGUCACCAGUAGAGUCAGGACUAUAUCUUCAUUACCUGCCCCAGGGUAAACCCAUGAGGUGUAGGAUCACUGGCUGGUCUGUUCUGUGGUGCAUGCUUCUCUGAUGGCUAAUGAGACAUGCUUGGGGCUGUCAGACUAGCUUUUCCUUUGCAGUAUCUGGGCCUUCUGAGCCUAUGGCUGGUAAAAGUGCUGCAGUUACGUUCAGCCUUCUCAGACUGUGAAGUUUGUGGUUUAAAUAAUCAGACCUUUAUAUCGUCGUCUAAGAACAUAGCUUAUUUGUCUUGUUUACAUCCUAGAGUACCUGUUUCAUGGAGGAUAAAAGGAAAUCUGAGACUGCUAUAGGAUGGAGAGGUGGGUGGACUUUGUUCCAGCUGCAUGCACCCAGGCAUUGCUUUAGAGCAGAGAUGCAUGUUCCUCUGAAGAGAUGCCAACAAGUGGCUCACUGGAACAGUAUUGGUGCUUUGCAGUGUAGACUGUGGUUUGCUUACUGUAGCCACAUCUCUCCGUCCCAGGACUGAGCUUAAAUAUCAGGGUAUCCAGUGCCUUCUGGCACAGGUUCAUCACCAGGUCAUUUGUGCCCUGUGUGCUUAAGUACAUUUCAGGAUGCUAUGCACUAUGGGCCUGCCUGCAAUGUCUCUGCUGAAUUGCAGCCUGUAUGUGCAGGGUGUCUGUAAUCCCUGUGCUGACACCAAAGGUGCCAAUGGCAUUCCACAUUCUGCCCUUUUCCUAAACCUUUAGUUGACUGCAGCCUUCUCAGUCGUCAUUUUUCUCAGUGAUUGAUGUCGAGGUUGUGGAUGCACUCCUUUUUCGCCCUCUGUGAAGCAUCACUCUUAGAGAAGACAGGGCACAAAACAGCCCUCAGGAAGUUGUGUGUGGAUGAAUUAUAUACCUGCAGCCAUGGAAGCACACUGAAUGCAAAGGUUGUUGAAUGGUCAUAGCUCUGGGCAGGAGCUGACAUCAACAUGCUGUCCCUCCCAUCCCAAUUAUAGAGAUGGCACUUGUGUACUUCUCUACUUUGACAGCAGGAGGAGAGACAUUCUUCAUCGUUUAAGGUUUGAUGAGACACUGAAGCUGGUGCUUUGAUGACAGCAUUAGCCACAGUGCACCUGCGUGAUGCGUGCAGAUUUUAGCAAUGUGAGCCCUUGCCCCCAGCCCUGAAGUUUUGGCACCUUAAGCCAUAAACACAGCCCUGAAUAGGGGAGUUUCUCUUAAAGGAGAAUCUUGAUUGGAGGACAGAUGAUGACACUGAGGGCUGGUUGCUUAAAUAGAGGUUAUGGUGUCACUUGUCAUUUCAGAAGGUGCAAGUCUCUUGUAGGUCCUGUAUCACCUCUACAGCUGUCUCGGACACCCAGGGCACCUCCAAUGGCACCUGUUGCUGCUGGGUGGGCAGCUGCAUCAGGCAUGCCACAUCAAAGCCCUGCAGUCAGUCAAUGGAGAUUUGGAGUUGAAUUCAGCUGCCUAAGACCCUUAGAGAUGUUGUGGGGUAUUCAGUUGACCUUUAACUGCUCUUUCAGAACAGCACUUUUCAGAAGAGCUGAAGUGAGCUCUGAUGGUUAGGUGAGUCCUAGCCUUUGAUGAGUCAGUAGAGAUAUAGGCAUCCUACCCUUUGGGAUCUAGAGGGAGUUGUGAAAGUUUAGCAUUGGAGACCAAAAGCAGAUUUAUGUUUGUACAGCUGCUUAUUUCAGAUUGGGAAGAGGACUUCUUCUGGUGGUUCGGGCUCCACGAUGGCUGUUACCAGAGAUAGGCGCCUGACUCUCAGUUAAACCUGUUUUCAUGUGCUGGGGCUGUGCACAAAAACUGAUGACCUUAUGGGCAAAGACUGCUCAACGUUUAGCAGGGAAAGGGAGGUAUGCUUCACUGCCCUAGGAAUUCCCUUCAGCUUUUGUUCUGCUCAGGGUUCUGCAGACCACUCAGGCCAUGGCCCAGGGCGCAGUCUUGUACUGAUGCUGCUCAGCUUUGCUGAUCCAUUUCAAGAUGUUUCCUCUAGAGCCUGAUGAGCUCCUGGUGUUGCCUUUUGGACAUUGGAACUGUCAUCUUGAGUCAGGCCUGGGCAGUGUUUGUGGAGCGUAGCCUUCAAAAUAUCUGCAACCAUACAGACACACAGGCAAGCUAAGACAAAAGGUUAGGACACUCGUCCAGGUGCCAGGCACAUUGCAAAGUUUAUUUCUGAGCAUGACAGAACAGGCACAGUUUGGACUACAUUUUUGCUCCUAAUUUCAGGACUUUGCACUCUUAAAAGGGGACAUUUGGUUUAUUUUAUGAAUUAUCUUGCAUUAAACACUGUUGAUCGAUGUAACUCAGUCCCUUGAUAGACCUAUAAAAUAACUGGCAUGUUUGGACAUCUAGCACCUACAAUGUCUGUAUAGCUGGUUGGUCUCUGCAUACUGUUUCCCAUCGUAUGGAAAGGCAAUGAGCAUUUAUUUUGCUACACUUGAUUUAUAACCUGUUGUAAGUAAUAAACUGCUAGGUGGGACUAGCAUGGAUGAGUAUUAGAAAUUAGAGAAGUUAGCCCCACUGAGGUGGUACCAAAAAAAGGGAAAAAAAAGUUAAACAUGAGGGAAAAGGAAAACAAAACAGAUUUUUACUUUCUGUGAACUCAGUUCUGUGUGUUUCCUGGUUUUGGGGUAUCAUUCAUCACAGGGGAAGCUGGAGGGAAGACUGCAUGUUCUGACAUAACAUACCACUGUACUAAUGUUUCCCUGAACUUUUGGCAAGACUGAGAAAGACAGGAUGUCUUAGUAGUGUUUUCUAUCUCUGUAUACACACUGUUGUCCUAGAUUACCCCACCUCAUAUAACAUCCCACAAACCAAACCUGUUGCUAAGGACUGCACUAUCUUUCCUAGUUCAAAACAUUUGUAUAGAAAUAUCUGCACCUGAGAUAAGGCUCUAGGCACUUCAUAGCUGAUAGAUCACCCUUUGAAAGUGUUUCUAUCUAUAGUAUUUUGGGCAUUGACCAUAAGUCAAGGUAAUUCAUUUCUCAGAAGUGCCUGAUUUUGCACAUGGUUGCUGAAAGUCAAUUUUGUCACACUUCACACAGUGAAGCACUUGCAGAGAGAAAUAGCACUUUCGUCAUCUGAAUGUUCAUUUCUCUACUGUAAGGGGAGGUGAACUGUGGUCAAGGAGAACCUGUUUUUCUGUUGGCCAGAAAGAUGUGUUGUGCAGUUUGUAUCAGCCUCAGUUACCUGCAUUGGUGCUACAGGAUGUCUGCCAUCAGACUUUUGAGUAGUAUGGCAUCAUCUCACAACUCUAUUUCCUGUGAAUGUGGUGCAGUGCCAGGAUGAGUCUAUGCAAGGGCUGGGGGUGCAGCUUGGCCUACAAAGCUCUGCUGCAACUGAGCUCUUGGCAGUGGCAGGUGGGUUUGGAGUGCCAGCACCUGCAAGCCCUGGUUGUUCUCCCUAUAUCCCAGCAAUCCUCAUACCUCCCUCUGAUCAUCUGUGCCUUCAGAUCACAGCCAUCAGCACCAACCUGAGAAGGAUGUUUGUGAGCCCAUAAGACUCCACAGUCUGUGCUGUGCGACUGAAAGCAGGAUAUCUCUGCACUGGGACAGUUAUGGGUGUGGGAUACCACUGGAGAACCACAAGCUACCAGAGGGCAACAGCUUGUGUGCAAAUGCACUGGUGCCACACCAUUGUGGGAGGUUCACAAGGUUGUAUUCACAAGGGAGGGUUGUGGGGUGGGACAUAGGCAAAAAAUAAACCCAUGUGGCCUGUAGCCAUCCUGAAGUGCAGUGCCUGAUACUCCAGGAACAACAGCUGAGCAUUCAAGAUGGCACAGUAAUUGCUUUGCAACACUGGUGCCUGAGGCUUGUGAGAAAGGGAGCCUGCCUGUAUCUGCAGAAGCCAAGGAACUACCUGCCACCUCCCAGGAGAGCAGAGGCCAGGCUACAGCCAAGGCACACAAAGGCAGCUUAUCUUCCCCCACAGCAUUUAUGUUCAUCACGCUUGGAAGUUUGAGGACACUCUCUUCCUUUAAUUUGUUAGCAGUUUUUGUUAGUUUUUCUGCUACUUUGUUCAGGCAGUCCUGCUCAGUCUUGCACAUGCCAGCAUACUCUCAGGCUUCUUUUGAACUCCUGGAGCUGUGCAAAGGGUGCCAGAGUGCAUUAAGUAAACAUCAGAAGACUGAGAUCACCUUAGCCAGCCAUUUCAGGGCUUUUAAGUGUAAGUCAUUGGUACUGGCUGGUUUAUAGAUCUCCAGCCCUCACAGCAAUGUUUUACUGUCUGCUGGAGAGCAAUUCAACAUCUUUCUGCAUUAGGGCUCCCUGCUACAUAAAACUACCAUGUUGCAGGUCUACAUGUGCUUGGGGUAAAGGGGGCUCCUUUAGGGAGCCAAGACUUGCACUGAAUGCAGAGAUGCAUGGGAAAAGGGAGGAGUGAGAGGCCUCUGCAUUCUCUGAGGAAGGAGCCUUGCUGGUGGCCCUGACAACUUGAAGUGAGAGUACCGCAUGGAAUGCUCUGCACAGGAAUCAUGCUAGUAUCACAGGGCAGCAUCUUCCUUCAUGAGUUGAGCCAUCUCAUUGUUGGGGUCCUCGGGGGACUCAGCCUUUGUAGGAAGGUAGAUGGCUCCCAUGGAAUGGAAGGGUGUCGCUGAAGUACCUAGGUUCCUUAUGCACCCAUGAUCUGCAAAGCAUAGGAGACAUGGACACACAGCUGAUAUUAUUGGACUGGAGGACACCGAGCCCCUUGAACUUGGAUGAGUCAACCCCAUUUCUCUGGUGUAUCCUCUUGAACCACCUAGGUCCAAAGGUGGCUGGGAGUGUGCUGCUUUAAGGGUUUGGGGACCUUGAACUGCAACAUGCUUGGAGAUCAGGGGUCUCUUACCUGAUGUUUGGGCAGCUGUUCCAAUACAUCUUCUCUUCAGGUACAGCCACAGCAGGACCCCACAUAGAAUCAUUGUGAGGACAAGCAGCACGAUCAGCACGGAGCAGGACUGUGAAGAGUCUGUGGAGAGAGGCCCUUACAGUGUCAGGGCAAAGCUUCCCCCAGAGAUCAGGAUUUCCUUUUCAAGCAACACCAGUAGCGGGCAUGUAAGAAAAUCUAACACCAAACAAGGCUUGAUCCCUCCACAUCAGUGGCUCAGAAGGGAUUUCCUUAAUUAUGCUAUGCAAUAAGACUUGUAUAUUUAAUAUCCAGAAAUGACUGAUCUCCAGCCACCAUGAAUCUGAUAAAUCCCUUUCUGAACCUAUUUGCACAGCAAUUUCUACAAAGGAUCAUGAGCACAGUGAAACAUCACAGCCCUUAGGUUUGUUUUUUGCUUCAUCCCUGAUUGUUUCCUUGGAUGACUCUGAGGUCAUGGGUCUUGAGAAGCCCUUCACAUUCCUUAUGCCUGUCACACUCAUGCUCUUACAGGCCUCUGUCAGCUGUCCAAUGUGUUUUCGCUCUUAAUGUUUGUGGUUCAAGACUACUAUGCUUAGAAGAGACGGUCAUAUUUCUGAUGCAUGUCCAGCCUUCAAAGCUUUUCUAACUGCUAUAACCUAUUUCUGACAGAGUGACUAGUGUGAAGAAGAGCACCAGAGUCCUGCAGUGGCAAGGAAAUCUGAGUCACAAGGGGAAAUGGGAGAGACUGGCUUUUAGAUCAGAAAAGCUUUUCUCGUAUUCUGAACAGUGAUAUUUGGACUGUGCCUGGAGAACAAGUCAUAUCCCCAAGGGAAGGCCAUUAAGUGCUGCCCAGGCAAACAUUUGUCACAGCACCAUCAGUAGAGGUGACCUUGCCCUGGGACAGGUCAUGGUGUUCAUGAAUCUUGGGGCAAAGUUAUGCUUUAUGCCAUGUUUAAUGCCAAAGGCAGCUUCACGCAUUUUCAUGGCAGUUUUCCAUGACUGCAGUUUGUUGCUCCUUCCUUCCUGCCAGUGUGAUUUCAGGGUCAUCCUUUAAAUCAGCCAGUUGGUCUGUUAUUCUUUGAAUUUAGCUCAGUAGAGAGGUAAUUUGGGGGUGUUAUUCUCUUUUUUUCCUUUCUUGGAAUCUCUGUCACUGGUAAAAUUCUUCAACUCCUAUGAGUGUCUUUGAAGAGUCUUUAUGCUGUAUGCCAGCAUUUUGUCAUUGGAAAUAAUUCCCAGAAUUUUAGGGAAUUCUUUCUUUCUCUGUCUUCUCUCUCUUUC